AUGUGCUUCUGGCCCCGAAACACUGAGUACCUCAUCCAGGAGGGUCCUGAUGCAGAGGACAACUCACCUAUUAUGUCCUUAGCUGAUCAAGAUGUCACUGUGGCUCCUGCAUCUCCCCAGUCACCCUCUAAUGCCAACCAGUCCAAGGACUUCAUUCGCUGCCUGCCACCUCACCUGUCCAUCUACAUCCUGGGGCUUUUGGAUCAAAAAUCCCUCAGUGCAUGUGCUGCUGUGAGUAGAUGCUGGGAUUUUCUGGCCAAAGAAGUCAAGAAGGAACGUGUGUGUCAAAGCAUAGUACAGGAGAAGAUCUUGUAUUUGCAGGAGGAGGAAGACAAUCUGCAGGCAGCCUAUCAUGAUCUGAAAACUGACACAAUCCAGCUGGAAGAGAGAAAUGUCUUCUGUGGCUCCUACAAUAUUCGUGUCCUCAUGGACCAAUCAGACCAAAGCAGAACAAUCCAUUACAGUGGUGGCAACUUGGUAGCCAUUGGCUCUGCAGACCGAAAAGUGAGGCUUCUUGGUAUGUCAGAAAUGAAAGAAGUGCCACCUCUCCUCUCUGGCCAUGCUGGGAGCAUUAAAGCACUCUUCCUCAAUGAGAAGAAAGGGUUCGUUCUCAGCGCAAGCUUCGAUCUCAGCAUCAGAUGCUGGAAUAUAUACAGUGGUGCUUGUACGAAAAUCUUUAAUGGUCACUGUGGGACAAUCACCUGCUUGGAUUUACAUGAAGAGCAGCUUGUGUCAGGAGCCAGAGAUGGGAUGGUGAAAGUGUGGAACCUGGAGAGUGGGAAAUGUCUCAAGACUCUGAAACACAACAGUGCUGUUUGCGUAGUUAAAAUGGAUGGCACCCAUGUUGUCAGUGGGUGUGACCGAGGGCUGGUGAAAGUCUGGUGUGCUGAUACGGGCACUCUGAUCAAAACAUUAGAGGGGCACCAAGGCCCAGUUAAGUGCUUGUCCUUUGAUCAGUGGCACCUAGUCACAGGAAGCACCGAUGGAUAUGUCCUGGGAUGGAGCAUGUUGGGAAACCUUAAAAGAUGCCUAAUAGCUUUCCGCCACCCUAAGGAAGUUCUGUCUCUGGAGUUCCUCUAUCUCAGGGUCAUCAGCGGCUGUGCUGAUGGAAAGAUUCGCAUAUUUAACUACUUGACUGGAAGCUGCCUGAAAGUGUUGAUGGCCAGCAGCAGAGGGGACCCGAUAUCUUCUUUCUAUGUUGCAGGAAACAGGAUGGUGAUCAAUUCGCCAACUAGUCUGUUGAUGUUCCAGUUUGAGGAUGUCAGGUGGGACUAUACCUUAGAUGCUGACAGAGAGAAGGUGGGGAAGAAAAAACAGCACAAGGGGACUUCCAAUGGCAAAUCUGAACAUGGCCCUUCUCUCUAUGCAUCUGCACAUCGUGACACUUUGCAGCAUGAAAAGAGAAGAGGUCCAAGUUGUCCAAUGACCCCUGACAAGCUCCUCUUAACCGUCAGCAUGCUGCAGAACGUCUAUCCUUCCCAGAGUGACAAUGGGUUCAGGCUUCUGACAGGAAAACAGAAGGAGGCGUAUGAGGCAGCUACCAUAGCUCAGUAUCAGGCACACCAGACAAAGCUCAUGGAAGAUCAGCAAAGAGCAUGCAAGAAGGCCUGGUUAAGGAAAAUUAAAGGCCUACCUAUAGACUCUUUUACUGAGGAGGGGAAAAUAGCUGCUCCUGAACUUGGGCUUAAUACAUUUAUCUGA